AUGUCCCGCCGAGAUUCUGCUUUCCUCAAGCAGCACGGCCUGCAUCACACCGCGCACACGCUGGAGAUGGAGGCCGGAGUGUUCUUCCAGGCGGCGCACCUGCUGGAGCUCGUGAGUCAAGGACGGUGGGGCCCCGCGCACCGCUACCUGCGCAGCUUCUCGGCCCUUUGGGGCGACGACGAUGGCGCCGCGACCCGGCAGUACACCGCCCUCCUCGACAGCCUCGCACACAACUCAAAGCUAGCUUGGUUCGCCUGCCGCGGCGACGAAGGAGGCCGCGCCGCCUCCUUGCGCAAACCUCCCUUCCACCUCUUCCGUGAAUACCCCGAGACAGCCGAACGCGAGGCCAUGUACUGUUCGAUGACCUCCCAACAAGCCAGGGAAUCCGUGGACUGGAAUGACAUAAAACUCAGGACCUUAGAGAAGGCUAAAGAGCUGCUGCAACUGCGUCCCAACCUGGAACGCCUGCCGUCGAAUCGAUUGCCGCGGCACAUGCCCAUGCCUCAGGACAUAGUUCCUCUUGGAUUCCGGGGCUGUCGGAGGCAUCCAAGGAAGAGAGUAGGCCAUAAAGCAGCGCGUGACAUCGCAUAUUUCCUUGUACACAAGAGGAUGCCGCCUCGUCAAAAGAUAAAACAUGCAGGUGCUUCUUCAGAAGCUGGAACUCCCGUGUUAGAUGAAGGAAUUGGCUUUGAUUGGAACAAAGCAAUGGGAUUAGUAUGACAAUGAUUUGGUCAGAUGACAUAUGAAGGAAGGAACACGUGCUGAUG